AAGUAUUUGGUAUGAUUUCGAAAGUGAAUGUUAUGUUAGUUUUCCCAAAUAAAAAUUAAAAAAAUAAAAUAUUGACUGUUUUUAAAUGUUUGCUAUGAACGUCAUUUUCAGAGCGUAAAGUUUGACAGAUACCAUUGCUGAUGUUAGGGCAUUUUGCAUACAAAAUAACUCGACUGCUGAAAUAACUCUGAUUUCUUUUCUGAAUUGAGUUUAUGAAUGAAAAAGUGAUUUUGAAUAAAAUUGUAUAAACAAUAAAUAAAAUCUGGCGACAUUGAAAACAUUCAAUUUAGUACAUCUGUCAAAAAGCACGAUUCUUCGCUACAAUAGGAAUGAUGCUCUUUAUCUCAAUUCAAUGCCCUUUACGAUAAAACUUUGAAACUGGCAAAAAUCAUUCCCAAUUUGGUGUAUAUUUAAUUCGAAAUCAAUAAAAACGAACGAAACAUGUCAAACAAAAUGCCUGCUAAUUUCAACGAAGUAAUAACUGAAAAUGAUAGCGCCGGUAAUCGUCAUUAUGGCAAGUACGACAAAUUAGCUGAUGAAAUUGCCAUCUCUGGUAUGUCUGGACGUUUGCCCGAAAGUUCGACAAUGGAAGAAUUCAAGGAGAAUUUAUUCAAUGGCGUCGACAUGGUAAAUGAUAAUGCACGCCGUUGGCCAAAUGGUUUAUACGAUCUACCAACCAGAAUCGGUAAAAUUAAGGAUGAAGAUUUGGAAGUGUUCGAUCAACAAUUUUUCAGUGUACAUCAGAAACAAGCCGAACGUAUGGAUCCACAAAUGAGAAUGUUGCUCGAAGCAACAUAUGAAGCUAUCAUUGAUGCCGGUUUCAAUCCACAAGAAUUGCGUGGAAGUCGCACCGGUGUUUACAUUGGUGUAUCAAACUCGGACAUUGAAGAAUACUGGAACGCCGAUUCAGACCGUGUUAAUGGUUACGGUUUGACUGGUUGUACUCGUGCCAUGUUUGCCAAUCGCGUUUCAUUCACAUUCGAUUUCAACGGACCAAGUUAUGCAUGUGAUACCGCCUGCUCAAGUUCAUUGUAUGCCUUGUCACAAGCUUUUUCCGAUUUGAAGGCUGGCCACUGUGAUUCGGCUAUUGUUGCCGGAGCUAAUCUCAUUUUAAAACCGACUAUAUCAUUGCAAUUCAAACGCUUGAAUAUGUUAAGCGCUGAUGGAAAAUGCAAAGCAUUCGACGAAAGUGGAGCCGGUUAUGUGCGUUCAGAUGGUUGUGUUGUAAUUUUCUUGCAAAAAGCCAGCCAAACUCGUCGUAACUACGCAACCAUUUUGAAUGUUCGCACGAAUACCGACGGUUACAAAGAAGAAGGCAUCACAUACCCGUUUGGCACUAUGCAAAAUCGUUUAAUUCGCGAAACAUACGAAGAAAUUGGAUUGCAUCCACAUGAUGUUGUCUAUGUUGAAGCUCACGGUACUGGUACCAAAGUUGGUGAUCCACAAGAAGUCAACUCAAUCACCGAUUUCUUCUGCAAAGACCGUGAAACACCAUUGUUAAUCGGUUCAGUUAAAUCGAACAUGGGGCAUGCAGAACCAACAUCAGGUGUCUGCUCAAUUGUCAAAGUAUUAUUGGCUAUGGAAGCUGGCGUUAUUCCAGGAAAUUUGCACUACACAUCACCAAAUCCAGAAUUGUACGGUAUCGUUGACGGUCGUGUUAAAGUUAUUGACCGUAACACACCAUGGAACGGCGGUAUCAUUGGUUUGAAUUCAUUCGGCUUCGGCGGUGCUAACGCGCACGUUAUCUUGAAAUCAAACCCUAAACCAAAAUCAACCACUCCAACUGACACCAUUCCACGUUUAGCUGUGCUCUCCGGUCGUACCAGCGAGGCCGUUGAUUUACUUUUUGCAGCAGUCGAGAAAAACAAAACCGACGAAGAAUUCUUGAGCUUGAUAAAUGGAAUUCAUUCAAAGAACAUCCCAUUGCACUAUCAACGUGGUUAUACCGUUGUCGGUGAUAUCAAAACUGUUUGCGAUGUCAACAAAUUGAUCGAUGACAAACGGCCAAUUUGGUACAUUUACUCUGGUAUGGGAUCACAAUGGGCUAGCAUGGCUAAAGAUCUAAUGCCCUUAGAAGUGUUCCGCAACAGCAUCAAUCUCUGUGCAGAUGCUUUGCGCCCAGAAGGUGUUGAUUUGGUUAAAAUCCUCACCGAAAGUGAUGAAUCGACAUUCGAUAACAUUUUGAAUUCAUUUGUUUCGAUUGCCGCCGUCCAAGUGGCUCUCACCGAUGUUUUGACGCACUUGGGCAUUUUUCCGAACGGAAUCAUCGGUCACUCAGCUGGUGAAUUGGGCUGUGCCUAUGCUGAUGGAUGCUUUACACGAGAACAAACCAUUUUGACUGCAUACUGGAGAGGCCGCAGCAUCUUGGAUACUAAUGUGAAAAAGGGUAUGAUGGCUGCUAUCGGUCUAUCAUGGGAAGAGGCAAAGGCUCGUGUUCCAGCUGAUAUCACCGCUGCAUGCCACAACAACAUUGAUAGCGUUACAAUUUCUGGUCCACCAAAAUCAAUUACCAAAUUCGUUGAAGAAUUGACGAGAGAAGGAGUCUUUGCCAAGACCGUCAAAUCGUCCGGAUAUGCCUUCCACAGCAAAUACAUCGCCGAUGCUGGACCAAAUUUGGGAAAAUCAUUGAAACGAAUCAUUCCAAACCCGAAAAACCGUACAUCGCGCUGGCUCAGUACAAGCAUCCCAGAAUCCGGAUGGACAACUCCAAUCGCUCAACAGAGUUCGUCCACUUACCAUGUCAAUAAUUUGCUUUCACCAGUCCUCUUCCACGAAGCCGUUCAACACAUUCCUAAGAACGCUAUUUGCAUUGAAAUCGCACCAACUGGUCUGAUGCAAUCCGUUUUGAAGAGAUCAUUGGGCCGUGAAGCCGUCAACUUGAGCUUAUUGAAACGUGGCCACGAAAACAAUCUCGUUUUUUUCCUGCAAAACAUCGGAAAAUUGUAUGCAGCCGGUGCGCAACCACAAGUUUCAAAAUUAUACGCACCAGUUUCAUAUCCAGUUGGUCGUGGAACACCUAUGUUGAAUUCGAAAGUUGGCUGGGAGCACUCACAACGUUUCAUGGUCCCAAAAUACGGAAUGGAUUCAAUCUCUUGUGAAACUGUUGUCGAUGUGAAUCUCACUAAAGAUGCGGACGCAUACUUGACCGGUCACACAAUUGACGGUCGUAUUUUGUUCCCAGCUACUGGUUACAUGACAUUGGCAUGGCGUGCAUUUGCCAAGACCAAGUACAGCACCUUCGAAAGGACAUCAGUCAUUUUGGAAGAUGUUGUUUUCCAUCGUGCCACCAUUUUGUCAAAAGACGGUUCAGUAACAUUCAGAAUUAGAUUCUUCGAUGGCACGGAACGUUUUGAAAUCUGUGAAGGUGGUUCAUUGACCGUUUCGGGUAAAAUCUAUGUUCCAGAAGACGUUGAAUUGGAACAAUUACCAUUGGAUCCAUUGGAACAAGACAAAUCAGGUUUACCAUUGAAGACUAAUGAUGUGUACAGGGAAUUGCGUCUCCGUGGCUAUGAUUAUGCUGGUAAAUUCUGUGGUGUUAGCGAAUCAGAUUCAAAGGCUGUCACCGGUAAAUUGAAAUGGGAAGACAACUGGGUCAGUUUUAUCGAUACCAUGUUGCAGUUCAGUAUUUUGGGCAAAGAUUUGCGCAAAUUGUACCUGCCAACCCGUAUCGAACGUGCCGUUUUCAAUCCAUUAAAACACCUUAAAAUCGUUGAAAAUCUGAAACAAAACAAAACGGAUGUCCCAGUUUACAUGUACAAAGACAUCAAUGUCAUCAAAUCAGGAGGUGUUGAAUUGCGUGGAUUGAAAACUUCAUUGGCUCCACGUCGUUUAGGCACUCAAUCGCCACCAUAUUUGGAACGUUACCAAUACGUUCCGUUGAAAAAUGCCAACCAAGACUUGUCAAAGAGCUUAGAACGUGCUCGUUUGCAUGCCGUUUCAGUUGCAACCCAUUUAGCCAUUGAAAAUAGCGGCGGUGCAUUGAAAAUUAGGGUAGCUGAUGUUGUUGAAAGUAAGCCCGUUGACAGUUCACUCGCUCAAACGAUUCAUUUCGUGAUUGAAAACGCACCAACACUGGCCAGCGAUGUAGCCAUUGUCACAAAUCAACCAAAGGAAGCAUACGUUCAAGCUGUCGGUGAAUCGGGUAUUCGAGUCGUUGCCAAAGAUCCAAGCACUGGCUCAGUCGAAUCAAACCAACACUUGGUGGUUGCUUACGAUGUUGUGUCACGUGCCAACGCAAAUAUUAUUUUGGAAAAUCUGAAAGCUUCAAUCCGUGAAGAUGGUUUCAUUUUGCUUGAAGAAAAUGUCGAUGGAUAUGACGAAGCGGCCGCUAACAAAUUGUUCGCCAACUUCAAAUUGGCCACAGUAUCAAUUCAAUGCGCCGCAAACAAAUACUUUGUUUUGAUUCGACCAGUCAUCGACAUCACCACCAGAAGUAAGACCGUUGUUUUGAUCACCGAAAAAAACUACUCGUAUGUUGACCAAUUGAAAUGGGCGUUGGCCAACGCAGAAAAGGAUAACACUUACGUUUAUGUUGUUGGACAAGGCGAAGAAUUGUUGGGUGCCGUCGGUUUUAUGAACUGUAUCAAGAACGAAAACGGAGGCAAGUUCGCUCGUUUGGUUUUCAUUCAAGACGCAACGGCCGAGAAAUUCUCAUUCACAAGCAAAUUGUACUUGGAACAAUUGAACAAGGAUUUGAUCAUCAAUGUGUAUAAAAAUGGCGGUUGGGGUACAUUCAGACAUUUGAAAUUGGCCGUACAAAGUGCAGUAUCAAAUUUGCAAGUUGAACAUGCUUACGUGAAUGCAUUGAACAAAGGUGAUUUGUCGAGUUUGUCAUGGAUUGAGAGCCCAUUGACUCGUCAAUUGCCAGAUCCAAAGGACAAACGCGUCGAAUUGUGCUCAGUUUACUAUGCACCAAUCAAUUUUCGUGACGUUAUGUUGAGCUCUGGAAAACUGGCAGCUGACGCUUUGCCAGGAGAUUUGGCCACUCAAGAUUGUAUCUUGGGUCUGGAAUUUUCGGGACGUGAUUCGAGCGGAAAACGUAUCAUGGCUAUGGUUCAAGCAAAAUCGCUUGCCACAACUUGUGUCGCUCAACGCAACAUGAUCUGGGAGAUUCCAAACAACUGGACCAUGGAACAAGCGUCAACCGUUCCAAUUGUCUACUCAACUGUCUACUAUGCUUUGGUUGUCCGUGGUAAAAUGAAGACGGGCGAAUCGAUUUUGAUUCACGCCGGUGCCGGUGGUGUUGGUCAAGCAGCCAUUAGUGUUGCUUUGCACCAUGGAUUGACCGUUUACACAACAUGCAGCAAAGGCAAACGUGAACUUCUGAAGAAGACCUUCCCACAAUUGACCGAUGCCAACAUUAGCAACUCGCGUGACACAUCUUUCGAACAGUUUGUCAUGCUUGCCACCAAAGGAAAGGGCGUUGAUUUGGUUUUGAAUUCGCUUGCUGAAGAAAAACUUCAAGCUUCAAUUCGUUGCUUGGGUCUUAACGGUCGUUUCUUGGAAAUCGGGAAAUUCGAUUUGAAUAACAAUUCGUCAUUGGGAAUGUCGGUGUUCUUAAAGAACACAUCAUUUCACGGUAUUUUGUUGGACAGUAUUCUGGAGGGUGAUGAUGAAACCAUCGAAACUGUUGUCGGUUUGGUGGCCGAAGGUAUCAAGGACGGAGCUGUUCGCCCAUUGCCAACCACGGUUUUCAACGAUAACCAAAUUGAAGAUGCAUUCCGAUUCAUGAGUAGGGCCAAGCAUAUCGGUAAAGUUGUUGUUAAAAUUCGCGACGAAGAAUCACAAGAGAUAUUAAAACCAACACCACAACCGAUCUUGGCCAUUUCACGUACAUACAUGUAUGACCAUAAAUCGUACAUCUUGGUGGGUGGUUUGGGCGGUUUUGGUUUAGAAUUGGCCAACUGGAUGGUAACACGUGGUGCCACCAAAUUGGUAUUGUCCUCACGUAGCGGUGUUAGGACUGGUUAUCAGUCAUUAAUGAUUCGUCGCUGGAAUGAACGUGGCGUUCAAGUUGUUAUCGAUAACAAUGACGUUACCACAUUGAAGGGAGCAGCAAACAUGAUCAAAGAAGCCAAUAAAUUAGGGCCAGUCGGUGGAAUUUUCAAUCUUGCUGGUGUUUUGCGUGAUGAUUUGCUGGAGAAUCAAACUGAAGCCGAUUUCAAGACAGUUUGCUUACCAAAAAUCGAUGUAACCAAGUAUUUGGAUGCCGCUUCACGUGACCUUUGCCCAGAUUUGGACUACUUUAUUUGCUUUUCGAGUGUGGCAUCCGGUCGUGGUAACAUCGGGCAAACUAACUACGGUUUGGCUAACUCGACCAUGGAUCGUAUCUGUGAAAAUCGUCAAGCAUGCGGUCUGCCUGGAACAUCCAUCCAAUGGGGAGCUAUCGGUGAUACUGGUAUGGUUAUUGAAUCAUUGGGUGACAACAAUACCAUUGUUGAUGGUACGUUGCCACAACGUAUGAUUUCAUGCUUGGAAUCAAUGGAUCUGUUAAUGCAACAACCACACGCAGUUCUCGGUUCGAUGGUCAUUCCCGAAAAAUAUAAGGCCGAAAGAAGCGACGAUGUCACAUUGGCCAGUCGUGUUGCCAACAUUAUGGGAAUGAAAGACUUGAAGAAUGUACCCGAUCAAACGUCAUUGGCUGAAUUAGGUAUGGAUUCAUUGAUGAGCGCUGAAGUUAAGCAAACGUUGGAAUGGAAUUAUGAUAUUGUGAUGAGCGCAUCAGAAAUCCUUAACCUGUCAUUUGGCAAACUUAAAGCGUUGGAAUCUGGGGACAGAGAUGUUGCACCAGUUACCAAAAGCAGUAUUCUACAACCUGCUGAAGAUGGUGAAUCUGCUGAUCAAACAUUCACUCAUGCGAUGAAUGAAUCAUAUAUUCAGGGAUUCUACGCUCCCAUACCGAUGGAAGUUUUGGUCAAAAUUGAAACACAAGCACCGGCCGACAGCAAAGAUUCACCAUAUUUCCUUGUUCAUUCGAUCGAAGGUUUUGUUACUUACAUGAAACCAUUGGCUGCCAAAUUAAACGUUCCAGUUUAUGGUUUGCAAUGCACGAAAGAUGCUCCAUUGACUUCAUUGAGCGAUUUAGCGGCAUUCUACAUCAAAAAAAUUAAGGCCGUUCAAAAUACUGGUCCAUAUGUUAUCGUCGGGUAUUCGUACGGUGCAACGGUAGCCUUUGAAAUAGUCUCAAUGUUGGAGAAGGACGGCGAUACAUCCACACUGGUCAUGCUUGAUGGUGCACCAGAAUACGCUAAAUUUCUCAUUGAAACAUAUCUAAAACGCACCGGACAUGUCACUGAAUCACUAAAUGAAACCAACUAUUUGGCUUUGGUGGGAUUUUACACCACCAACUUGCACUUGAACCAAACCAUCAAAGAAUUGGGUGCUUUUACUUCAUUCAAUCAGAAAUUGGCACAUCUUACCGAACUUAUUCGCAAAACUAUCAAACUUCCAUCGGAAAUGGUGGAAAUGAUCGCUAUGAAAUACUACCACAAAAUCCGAGCAUCUCACUUUUAUCGACCAGACCGCAAACUUAUCACCUCCAAUGUCAUUUUGGUCAAACCAACCAAAAACAACGUCGAAUUGGCCGCUGAUUAUGGUCUCUCAGAGGUUGUCACAAACAAAAUUGAUAUUGUUACUGUGAAAGGUGACCACAGAACCAUUUUGACUGAAAUGGAAUCCUUGGACAAGAUUGCCAAUAUACUACAAUCGGUUAAUCCAUUUAUUCCUACAACCGGUGUUUGCAUAGACCAUCUCGGAAAAGCAUUUGUUGUGGAACAACAAACUAGUUCAAAUAUAUAAAACAAAUAAAUGUCAAGAACGCAAAGCGGAGCGAAGUGACGCACUGUGGUCUUGUUUUUAAAUGA